AUGAGCUGCUUCGAGAAGGAGGGCAGCUGGAGCCUAUCCUUCGCGGGCGCGGGUUUCCUGGGCCUCUACCACGUGGGGGUGGUCCACUGCCUGAGGCAGCGCGCCCCCCGCCUCCUCCGCGGCGCCAGCCGCUUCUAUGGCUCCUCCUCCGGGGCGCUCGUAGCCGUCAGCGUCGUCAGCGGCUUGUCUGUUGACUUGUGCUGCUCCCGCCUCAUGGCCGUGGUCAAGCAAGUGGAGCAGCUGAGCCUAGGCAUCUUCCACCCUGCCUUCACGCCCAUCGAGACCAUCAGGCAGGACCUGCAAGACUGGAUGCCCGCCGACGUUCACAUCCUGGCCUCCCAGCGGCUGGGCAUCUCGCUGACCCACUGGCCCGACGGUGAGAACGUCAUUGUCACCGACUUCGCCACCCGCGAUGAGGUCAUCGAGGCCUUGGUCUGCUCUGUGUACUUCCCUUUCUACUGUGGGACGAUUCCUCCCACGUUCAGAGGGAAGCGCUACAUUGACGGCGCUUUAAGCAACAACCUGCCCUUCGCGGACUCGCCCUCCGCCAUCACCGUGUCGCCCUUCCAUGGGACGGUGGACAUCUGUCCCCAGAGCAGCUCGGCUAGCAUACACGAGCUGAAUGCCUUCAACGCCAGCUUCCAGAUCUCCACCGAGAACUUCUUCCUGGGCAUCACCUCCCUCAUCCCCUGCAGCCCCGAGGUAAUGGCCGACAGCUGCAGACAAGGCUACUUGGAUGCCCUGAGGUUCCUGGAGAGACGCGGACUCACCAAGGAGCCAGUACUGUGGAGCUUGGUGUCUAAGGAACCCCCAGCCCCAGCUGAUGGGGCCCCAGGCGCUGCCCACGACGGAGGCCAGGAGGCAGGCCUGUCGCUCAACUGGGCGGUGCCCAACGUGCUGGUCAAGGACGUGCCCGACUUUGAGCAGCUCUCCCCGGAGCUGGAGGCUGCACUGAAGAAAGCCUGCAUGCGGGACCCCGGUGCCUGGGCCUCUUUCUGCCGCUCGGGGCCCGGGCGGGUGCUGACGUACCUGCUGCUGCCUUGCACGCUGCCCUUUGAGUACGUCUACUUCCGGAGCAGAAGGUUGGUGGCGUGGCUGCCGGAUGUGCCGGCCGACUUGCGGUGGAUGCAAGGCUUGCUGAGGAGCUUGGCCCUUGAGGUCUAUUCCAGGACAAAAGACCAGCUCCUCAGGUUGGUCGGCCUGCUUGUCACCAGCCCCCUCCAGCCUAAAGCCGAUCCUCCCAAGGACCUGGCCAAGGAGCCCAGACCCACCCAUCAGGCCUGA